CCUACUGACUGCGGCGCGGAGGAGCCGAGCCGCGGUGAGAGCUGAGCGCGUUGCGGGCAUGGCGGCGCCGGCCAAGCGUCCGCGGGUCGGCGGGCCGGCGGCCGGCCGGGAGCCGGGCUCCGACCCCGUGGCUGGCUUCCUCCGCUGGUGCGGGAGAGUCGGACUGAAGUUGAGUCCCAAGGUGAGCGAGCGGCGCGGCGGGGCUCGGCAGGGCUCGGCGGGGCUCGGCGGGGCUCGGGCUGCUUUGACCCGGCCUCCUCCUUGCCAGGUGGCGGUGAGCCGACGGGGGACUGUGGCCGGCUACGGCAUGGUGGCUCAGGAAGGCCUGCAGCCCGGGGAGCUGCUGUUCGCGGUGCCCCGCGCCGCGCUCCUGUCUCCGCACACCUGCUCCAUCAGCGGUCUGUUGGAACGAGAGCGAGCUGCGCUGCAAAGCCCAUCGGGCUGGGUGCCGCUGCUGCUGGCGCUGCUCCACGAGCUGCAGGCCCCGGCCUCACACUGGAGCCCCUACUUUGCGCUCUGGCCCGACCUGGGCCGCCUGGAGCACCCCAUGUUCUGGACCCAGGAGGAGCGGCAACGUCUGCUACAGGGCACAGGUGUGCCAGAGGCGGUGGAGAAGGAUUUGGCAAACAUUCGCAGCGAGUACUAUUCCGUUGUGCUACCCUUCAUGGAAGCCCACCCUGAUCUCUUCAGCCCCAAGGUUCGCUCCCUGGAGCUCUAUCACCAGCUCGUGGCCCUCGUAAUGGCGUAUAGCUUUCAAGAACCACUGGAUGAGGAUGAAGAGGAGCCAAAAUCCCCUGUGAUGGUGCCUGCUGCAGACAUACUGAACCAUGUAGCCAGUCACAAUGCCAACCUAGAGUACUCUGCAGAUUAUCUUCAGAUGGUGGCUACUCAGUCCAUUCCAAAAGGCCAUGAGAUUUUCAACACUUACGGGCAAAUGGCUAAUUGGCAACUGAUUCAUAUGUAUGGUUUUGUUGAACCAUAUCCUAACAACACAGAUGACACAGCUGACAUUCAGAUGGUGACUGUUCGUGAGGCUGCGUUACAGGGAGCAAAAAGUGCACCUGAAAGGCGCCUCCUGUAUGAGCGCUGGGACUUCUUGUGCAAACUGGAGAUGGUAGGGGAAGAGGGAGCAUUUGUGAUUGGCCACAAAGAGGUGCUGACUGAAGAGGAGCUGGCCACCACACUCAGGGUACUAUGUAUGCCUGCUGAGGAGUUCAGAGAAUGUAAAGACCAGGAUGGAUGGGGAGAGAGUGAAAGAGAAGGCAGCCUGUCUAUUGCCAACAUCCCCAAGCUCAAAGCAUCAUGGAGACAGCUUCUUCGAGACAGUGUUCUUUUGACACUGCAGACAUAUACCACAGACUUAAAAACUGAGCAAGAUUUGCUUAAUAAUAAGGAGCUUUAUGCCAAACUCAGCUCAAGGGAACAGCAGGCCUUACAGGUUCGCUAUGGUCAGAAGAUGAUCUUGUAUCGGUUGUUAGAACUGACAAGUUAGAUUACUUGUCACCUGAAGGAACAGUACUAUUUCAUUGCAAGCUGAGAGUUUGUUGCCUUAAAAGAGGAAAACAUGGGUCUUUAUUAACAUACCAGAAGGGGAAAAGUGCUGUGCUAGAAUUCACUACAAGGUAAGAGGUAAGAUUGGGAUCAACAGACCAGGGAGUCACUGCCAAUUGUCACUUUAUGCACCCUGCAGUUAUUUCUGUUGGGCCCUUGACUUGGG